AAAGAUUGCCCUUAACAGCGACGCAUAUCCACCCAAACACUCAAAGCCCUUAAAUCGACGACAAUCGAUCUCCGAAUCACGGUUCUCGGUAAGAUUAAAAUACAGAGAAAAAGCAAGAAAGAUCAAUCAAGUGUUGCCGAUUACAUGGCCAAGGCGUCAAUUUUGACGGUCCACUUCAUUUCACGGGCUUCCAAACCGCGUUGGCCUCACGGUCACAGAGUCUCCGAGUUUCCAUCUCUUUCUCUUCCACAACCAGAAGAACCCACAACAAGAUUUCAGUCCACGGCCCUGCCAAAGCUUUCGUCUUCUUGAGGCCUCAGAGAUGGCUAUGGAAUCAAGUUCGCUCUCCAUCGAUGGCAAUAGCAAUACAUCUAGUGGUGUCAAAGGAGUUCUCACGCAUGGCGGCAGAUACGUCCGGUACAAUAUCUACGGUAAUUUAUUCGAAGUCUCUAACAAGUAUGUUCCUCCCAUUCGACCCAUCGGCAGAGGUGCUUACGGCAUUGUCUGUGCUGCCGUGAAUUCAGAGACACAUGAGGAGGUUGCUAUUAAGAAGAUUGGCAAUGCAUUUGACAACAGAAUUGAUGCCAAAAGGACAUUGAGAGAAAUUAAGCUCCUCUGCCACAUGAAUCAUGAAAAUGUUAUUGCUAUCAAGGACAUUAUACGACCACCAAAGAGGGACACUUUUAAUGACGUUUAUAUUGUUUAUGAAUUGAUGGACACUGAUCUUCAUCACAUAAUUCGUUCUAGUCAGCCAUUGACAAAUGACCAUUGUCAGUACUUCUUGUACCAGCUGUUACGUGGACUGAAGUAUGUGCACUCAGCAAAUGUAUUGCACCGUGAUCUCAAGCCCAGCAAUAUACUUCUCAAUGCAAAUUGUGACCUUAAGAUAGGAGAUUUUGGAUUGGCAAGGAUAAAAACAGAGACAGAUUUCAUGACUGAGUAUGUUGUCACUCGUUGGUAUCGGGCACCUGAGUUGCUUCUUAACUGUUCAGAGUAUACUGCGGCAAUUGAUAUAUGGUCUGUUGGCUGUAUUCUUGGUGAAAUUGUGACUCGAGAACCUUUGUUCCCUGGCAAGGAUUAUGUUCAUCAGCUGAGGCUCAUAACAGAGCUGCUAGGUUCACCUGAAGACACCAGCCUUGGAUUUCUUAGAAGCAAUAACGCACGAAGAUAUGUUAAACAGCUUCCCCAAUAUCCAAAGCAGCAAUUUUCAGCUAGGUUCCGUAAUAUGUCUCCUUUGGCUGUUGAUCUGCUGGAGAAGAUGCUUGUGUUUGAUCCGGACAAGCGCAUUACAGUUGAUGAGGCUCUUUGCCACCCUUACUUGUCAUCACUUCAUGAUAUGAACGACGAACCCAUCUGCCACAGUCCUUUCAGCUUUGAUUUUGACCAGCCAUCGUUCACUGAAGAGAACAUUAAGGAGCUGAUUUGGAGGGAAUCACUCAAGUUCAAUCCAGAUCCUCUCUACUAGGAGACUUUCAUAGCGAGGGAUUGCAUCUGCUGUAGACUAUGAUAGAAAUAUCUUUUCCUUUGCUUCGAAUCGCUCCACUCUACCAAGUACUAGAAACAGUAUUAGGAGAUACAGUAUCUGCUUGUCAUUGGAAACUUGAACCAAUCUUCUGCAAGAGAAGAAGAAAAUUGCCAAAAAGAUGGACUCCCAAGUCAGCAAAACAGAGAAACAACAUCCCUUUGUGUUGGAUCCAGACGGGUUUGAUUUCAACCAGCUGAAAACUCCGCUAGAAGAAGAUAAAAAGUUUGUAAAAUGCAGCUGCAGAUCCGGUCAAACAUUAGCUAAGAAUGUUUGUGGAUUGAAGUAGAUAUUGUGGAUAUUGUAAUGUUGAUCAGUUUGAGUCCCAGUUUGCAACAUAUAAUGUCAAUUCCAGGUGUUUCCCUUUA